AUGACAUUAAGAAUAUUAAUUUAUGGUGCUAGACAGAUUGUUACAGUGACACAUAAUAAUGGUGAAAAAAUGUUAUGUGGAAAAGAUAUGCAUAAUAUUGGAAUAAUGAAAUCUGAUACAGUUGGUUUAAGUUUAAUGAUUGAAAAUGAAAAUAUUAUAGCAAUUGGAACAGAUGAUGAUAUUGCACGAACAUUUGAAGGAGUAGAAGUAAAUGAGAAAAUUGAUGCAUCUGGUUGUUGCAUUUUACCAGGUUUCGUUGAUGCACAUACACAUCCAAUUUGGGCAGGUGAUCGAGUUCAUGAAUAUGCAAAAAAAUUAGCAGGUGCUACCUAUAUGGAAAUAAUGCGUGAAGGUGGUGGUAUUGGUUUCACAGUUGAACAAACAAGAUUAGCUACCGAUAAAGAUCUUCUUGUUUCUUUAGUUGCUCGAUUGAAACGUAUGCUAUGUGCUGGUACAACUUAUGUUGAGUGUAAAACAGGUUAUGGAUUAGAAUGGCCUGAUGAAUUACGUUUAUUGAAACUUCUUGAACAAGCACGUUCACAUAUACCUAUUGGAAUUUCAAUCACUUAUUGUGGUGCACAUGCCAUACCAAAAAAUAAAACUGCUGAAGAAAUGACAGACGAUAUUGUGAAUAAUCAAAUAAAAGCUUUAAAAAAAUUAAUGGAUAAUAAAGAAUUAAAUGUUAGUGACAUCGAUGUUUUUUGUGAAAAGGGUGUAUAUGAUACAGAACAAAGUCGUCGAAUACUUCUUGCUGGUAAAGAAAUAGGUCUUGAAGCAAAUUUUCAUGGUGAUGAACUUAAUUAUACAGGCUCAGCUGAAAUGGGUGCUGAAAUUGGUGCACGAGCUAUUAGUCAUUUAGAAUGUAUCUCUGAUGAAGGUAUUCAUGCAAUGGCUAAAGCAAAAACAAUUGGUGUUAUUUUACCUCAUACAGGAUAUUUAUUAAGAAUUGAAUUACCACCUGUAAGAAAAAUGAUCGAUGCUGGAGUACCAAUAGCUUUAGGAACAGAUGCAAAUCCAAAUGCUUUCUCAUCAGCUAUGUCAAUAUCAAUGAAUUUAGCUUGUGUUUUAUGUCAUAUGACUUUAGAAGAAGCAUUAGCAGCAGCUACAAUUAAUAGUGCUGCAGCAUUGGGUAUUUCUGAUAAAUAUGGUUCAAUAGAAGUAGGAAAAAAAGCAGAUCUAAUCAUAUGCCGAUGUCCAUCGUACGAUAUUAUUUGA